CCAUCUUUCAUCCGCGAAAUGCGAAGAGCAAACUGUCAAAUCAGUAAAAAAUACACGAAAUUGGCUCCCCGGGGAGGACUGUUCCGCAAGAUUUUCGUAAAAUUUCGCGUAAAUUAUCCGGUCUUACUCACGAAAUGGACCGCCCCGAUAGGAACUAGUACGGUGACGAUCCGGAUCAAGUGAUUUGGUGACGAACGAAGUGCGCGCCCGACGGUUCAACGGGGAAGAUUGUUACGCGGGAGUUGGUGUUUACGUUUUGCACAAAGUUCCGGAACGGCAACGGAUCGCGAACGAUCUUCGCGGUAGAUCCGGCACGGCCCAGAAAUGGACAAUUGCCAUAACUAUGCCACAACGUCGAAGAAGAGGAGGAUUCCCAUUUCGGACGAUAUUCACAUAAUCAUCAAGAAAUUCCGAGACAAGGACAAACACGACGAAAAGCCCUCGACAUCCGGAGAUCAUGACUACGACGACGAACACAGUAUGGACUCGGAGGAGCUGCGACGAGUCCGGCAACAGGAGCCUUCGUCUUCCUGUGUGGCCACGACCACAUCGUCCAGCAAUAGCAAUAGUGGGGCCAUGAACAACGUCAUGGGUACGAUAAUGGCCGGUGGCACUGGAAUCACCAUCGGCACCGGCGGUGGGAUUACAGUGCAACAGCAACAACAGCAGCUGCAACAUCCGGUUUCCUCACAGUCCGACGACAUCAAGCUGAUACUGAAGAAGCUGACCAACAUCGAGGAACUGCUCAAGGUGGUGGCCGAGCAGAGCUUCAAUCGGUUAGCAGCGUUGAAACAGGAAGCCGGAACAACCACCGUUGUUCCCACAACGGCCACCAACCUGGGCCUGUUGGCCACCGAUCCGAACUGCAUCAGCGUGGAGGCCAGCUUCAAGUUCCCGCUGAGGACGCUGAAGGAGCUGAUCGAACUGAACAAGGGCAUCUGCAGCGACGAGAGUCUGUAUAAUAAACUGUUCGAGUAUCUAACCAAGAUCAAGCUGGAAUGUGAUGAAAACAUCGUGAUGAACGCCCUGGCCAUGAUCGUCAGCGACGAGGUGCUCGAUGCCGUCACGUGGGACGGCGGGAAGAAGUUCAAACUGUCCUCGCUGGUGAUCUUCAGUGAUUCGCUGUACGUUGCCUGGUUCAAGGAUCGGCUCAAGUACGACGAGUACGUGGCCGAGAUGAAGGAAGCCAUCGAAAAGUCCCACAAACGGUACGCCAAAAUGAAGACGAAAAAGCUAUCU